AUGGAUACUCUGUUCAUCAACGUCACCGAGCAGGAUGAUGAGCUUGAGACUGUGUGUCACUCCAGAAAUAUGACUGAUGUGAAUGAACACUGUGUCAUCUCUCAGGACCACAUCUACCUCUUACCAUCCGUCUUUAUUUUACUCCUGCUGUCGUUUGUAGAGCGCAGACAGAAGGUUUGCUCCUUUGAGAAGAGAUUCCCGUGUCUGAGAGGCCGCUUUGGCAUCGUGGUCCCUCUGGACUUCACCAGCUCUCUGGAGAACCGAUGGUCACAUGCCUUUGCUUUUGGAGCCAUAACACCUCUGAUAUUCAGUCUGUUCUUCGGCUUCACCAAUCCGAUACCAUACACACCACCACGCUACCUGAAAGUGUUUGUUUACUUAGUAGCAGCUCUGGAGGUGGGUUUCAUCUGUAAGCCGUUCUUUGCCUGUCUUUCAGCACCAAACCAAAUGCUUGGUGGAAUUCUGGGCCUGCUAUAUACACUCACCUGGUUCAUUAUAAAGCUUUGGGAUUUUAUCUGGUGUAAAUGGCCCACAAGAUAUGAUGACAAGAGCUUUGAGGGUUUUUCUCUGCAGUAUGAGUUGUUAAUGGACAUUCCACAUUUACUGUGUUUGGGGUUCCUAUUGUUCCGGUUUGGCUUCAUCAUAGUGAAGGAUCUGCUGAUCCGUCUGAAAAAAUGCAACAAACAGCAGGUAGUAAAGAAACACCAGUACAGAUAUGUACAGAGAUUACUGAGGCGGUCUGCUGAAGUGUCUGUGCAGAAGAGCUGGUUUCAGAGGAAAGUGUAUGAGUGGGAUCCGUAUUUUAAAUUCCCAAACAGGAUCAUCGCCACCGUCGUGCUCUGCUUCCUUGGAGUGUACAUGAUUGUGUUAUGUGAGCAGAUUAUAUCUUCAUGGUGUAUAAGGAAUUUAUAUGAAUCAUGGCCUGAUUAUAUAAAGGGAUUUUUACCUGAGACAACUAUCAUCAUACACCUGAACUAUGUAACAUACAGCUGGUACAUCACAUCAGUGUGUGCUGCAGUGUCAUCUGUAACUCACAUCAGUCAUGUGAUGGUGUAUUACAGGAAGCACAUUAAAUCACUGUGGGCUGGAGACAACAAAUAUCUCCCAAAGACAUACAAACUGAGGGCUUCUGCUAGUGUGGCAGGACUUCUGAAGUAUCCCGGCUACCAGAUCGCCUUCACAUUGUGGGGUUAUCUGAUUGUUCAUGUGGCCAUGUUCACUGCUGCCCUGCUGUUUGUCUACCUGGUUAUUUCACCCAUCCACCAAUACGGCUUUCUCCCCUGGCUGCUGGACCUCAUCAGCUUUCUGACAAAUUUCUUCAUCAUGUUCAUUCUGAUGAGAUUUCAGCGCGUUAUCAUCACACUGUUUUUCCUACAAGAUAAAAAUUCUCCUCAGGAUAAAGAGAAACCACUCGCACUAAAGAACAGGAAGGUUUUCCACAACUUUAACUACUACCUUUUCUUCUUUAACUUGAUCUUGGGCAUUGGGAGUUGUGUGUUGCGAGUAAUCCGGAGCGCCGUCGUGGCCUUGAUGCUGCUGUCACGGAUCGAGCGGACCAUAAUGCCUCAGGGCUUCAAGAAGCUGGACGCAAGCCACUUGACGUGGGUGGGAAUGAUCAUAACAGAUCAUCAUCACAGUAAUCCAGUUCUGGUGUGUUUCUGCCACCUGCUGCUCAAACACACACUGCAGAGUGUCCGAGGGGACGAGGAUGUAAUACCAGUGUCACUAAUACCAGCUAAGAAGCGAGCUCUCCUGCGCUGGGUUCUUCUCUACACCUUACUGAGGAACCCAGGACUCAUCCUGCUGAGGAAACGACGCUGGCAUGUGAACAGAGAAGCAUUAGAGCUCGCCUUCAUCUGGGCCAUGACCAAACACAGAGCCACUAACACUGCAGGAGCUGGCAGAUCUGCACUAACUCUGAUUUCUGCCUUACAUGGUUCUUCAUUUGCCUCUGAGGAUUGGUUGGAGGGUCUCAGAAGAACAUGUCCUCCUUAAAUCCUUAAAUCCUUAAAACCACUUUACACGUGGUUGGGGCAUGUAAUGGUAAUUAAAUUAAUACAUUAGAAAUGUUAUGUUUAUGUGUGUAACUAAACCACACCUUAUUUUCAGCCCAGACUUUAUUAAAUGUAUUAAAUGUAGUCGGGAUUUUUGUACUGCGGUCAUUUUUAAAUAAACUUUAUGUUUCACUCCUAAA